CGACAUGUACAACUUAGCCAAGUCCACUCGCCGUGCCAUUCCAGCACUCGCUCGCUCCAACGGCGUCAUGGCCACUCUGGCUCGCCCUUACAGCUCCAAGAUCAACGGUCCCGUUAUCGGUAUCGAUUUGGGAACCACCAACUCUUGCGUCUCUGUCAUGGAAGGCAAGAACCCCAAGGUUAUCGAGAAUGCUGAAGGUGCACGCACUACACCUUCCAUUGUUGCCUUUACCAAGGAUGGUGAACUUUUGGUUGGUCAGGCUGCUAAGCGUCAGGCUGUCGUAAACUCUCAAAACACUGUCUAUGCUACCAAGCGUUUGAUCGGCCGUCAAUUCAAGGAUCCCGCUGUUCAGGCUGAUUUGAAGGCUGUCUCUUACAAGAUCAUCCCUCACUCCAACGGUGAUGCUUGGGUUGAGGCCCAGGGUAAGAAGUACUCUCCUUCCCAGAUUGGUGCCUUUGUGUUGGGCAAGAUGAAGGAAACUGCCGAGGGUUUCUUGGGCAAGAAGACCCAGCAUGCCGUUGUCACCGUACCCGCCUACUUCAACGAUUCCCAGCGUCAGGCUACCAAGGACGCCGGUAAGAUUGCCGGUCUCGAUGUUCUGCGUGUCAUCAACGAGCCUACUGCUGCUGCCUUGGCUUACGGUUUGGAUAAGUCUGGCGACAAGACCAUUGCCGUUUAUGAUCUCGGAGGUGGAACUUUCGAUAUCUCGGUGCUUGAAAUCCAAAACGGUGUGUUUGAGGUCAAAUCGACCAAUGGUGACACCGCCCUUGGUGGUGAGGACUUUGAUUCACACCUCGUCCGUUGGGUUCUCGAGGACUUCAAGAAAGAGUCCGGUCUUGAUCUCUCCAACGACCGCAUGGCCAUUCAACGUGUCCGUGAGGCUUGCGAGAAGGCCAAGAUCGAGCUGUCUUCUACCGUCCAGACCGACAUCAACCUUCCUUACAUCACUGCCGAUGCCUCUGGCCCCAAGCACAUCAACACCAAGUUGACCCGUGCCAAGUUUGAGACCAUCGUUGGCGAGCUUGUCCAGCGUACAAUCCCCCCCUGUCAGAAGGCCAUUAAGGAUGCCGGUAUCACCAGCAAGGACAUCGGAGAUGUCAUUUUGGUCGGUGGUAUGAGCCGCAUGCCCAAGGUUGUCGAGACCGUCAAGAGUGUAUUUGGCCGUGAGCCCAGUAAGUCGGUUAACCCUGAUGAGGCUGUUGCCAUGGGUGCUGCUAUCCAGGGUGGUGUUUUGGCCGGUUCUGUCACCGAUAUUCUUUUGUUGGAUGUCACCCCUCUCUCACUCGGUAUCGAGACUCUCGGUGGCGUCUUCACCCGUCUCAUCAACCGCAACACCACCAUCCCCACCAAGAAGGCCCAGGUCUUCUCAACUGCUGCCGAUGGCCAGAGCCAGGUCCAGGUCCGUGUCUUCCAGGGUGAGCGUGAGUUGUGCCGUGACAACAAGUUGUUGGGUGACUUCAACUUGACCGGUAUCCCCCCAGCCCCCAAGGGUGUUCCCCAGAUCCAGGUCGAGUUCGACAUUGAUGCCGAUGGUAUUGUCAACGUCAGCGCCAAGGACAAGGCUACCAACCGCGACCACUCCAUGACCAUUGCUGCCUCUUCUGGUUUGAGCAACGACGAGAUUGAGAACAUGAUCCACCAGGCUGAGGCCAAUGCCGAGACCGAUCGUGCCCGCCGUGAGACCAUUGAGAUGGCCAACCGUGCCGAUUCUGUCAUGUCCGAGACCGAGAAGGCCAUGGAUGACUUUAAGGAGCAGCUUGACAAGGCCGAGGCCGAUAAGCUCAAGGAAAAGAUCGUUGCUCUCCGUGUCGAGGCAUUGAAGGCUCAGUCGGGCGAUGAUUCCGUCAAGCCCGAAGAGCUCAAGACCAAGAUCGAUGAACUCCAGAGCAGCUCUCUCAAGUUAUUUGAGUUGGUUUACAAGAACCGCGCCGCACAGAACGACAAUACCGGAAACACUGAUUCCAACUCUUCUUCCUCCAACCCCCAGUAAAAUCAAUCAGCCAUAGAUUUUUUUUCCCUUUUUUUUUUUAAAAAAAAAGUAUUUGUAUAGAAGAACUCUUGUGAGUUUAUACUUUUAAAAUUCCUGUUAAUAAUCACCACCCCUUUCACACCAGAGAAGAAGAAAAAGAAGAAUAUACGGCUUAUUUUGCCUUUCUUUCUUUUUCUUUUUCUUUUUUACAUUAUUUUACCCUGAGCACACAUUUAGCCAUAAAUAUAUAUAUAAC